CCCCCUUUCCUUUGAGCUUCUGGGGUCAUCGAAGCAAAUCCUUCUUCGUCUUCAGAUACCAUCAUAUCCAGUUCGUGAGUAUCUCUCAAGGAGUCGUAAAAAAAAACCAAGUGGUGGUCUUUCUUGUGACGACUCAUAAGCUACAAUAAGAAAUGAGCUUUGCGUGUCUCGUGUGUCACAGUGUAGAGAGCCCGUCCCACUCGCUUAGAAGCUACUCUGUUUCUAGCUCAGACAAUGAAGGAAGAUGCUCCGUGAUUGCGAGCUGCCUCUCAAGGACAUCACUCAUCCAAGCUGCAAGAUCCAACACUUUCCCUGCUUCUUCAUCAUCCUCCUCAAAGGUAACCCCGCAACCAAAUUCUCUGGGAGGUGAUCUGAUGACAACAGAAGGAGCCUCGCCAAGGUUAGUGCGGAGCCGUGCAGUGAGAAGAGACAUUGUCAGAGACUGGAACUUCAACGAAACCGAGACUGAGCUUUAAAAAAAAAAUCAAAUCUGACUCUCUCUUCUCUCUAUAGAUUAGUAUUUACCUCAGCAGAUCUUUUAUAUUCAUCACUUGUCAAGUUUUGUAUUGUGCUCACUGCUUUAUAAAACCAAUAAUCUAAUAUUAUUAUUAUCCGUGUUA